AGAAGACAGGCAUUUAAUCGAGCAACAAUACACUGGCAGCCUGCAAACGACCUUUAAGUUAAGCUCGUCAACGUUAACUUUGUGACCACCGACUCUGUGUAGUUGUGCCCGUAGUGGCCGUUGAAGGACAACACAAUUAAAGGAUUCAAAAUGAUUACAUUUAUAUCUGGAAGACGAUUCAUUUCUGGGGUUUCAGGAUGGAGAUGUCUCCAUCAGAUAACCAGAGCCCCACACUUCACAACAACAGCCCAGCCGCUGUUUUCCUCUCAAGCCUUGUCAGUGUUGAUGUCCUCCAGACUCACUCCCACCAACAGGUUGUUGAGCAUCAGCUGGCAUGCCUCACGUCUGUGCCACGGGGACUCAAGAGCAACCUCAGGGAGCGUCGACAAGAAAGACAGCUUCAGUUUGAAGGCCCUCACCGAGGCUCCUAAACCAGCCCUCUACCUGGGUGUCUGUGGGCUCAUCCCUUUCCUUUCUGCCCCUCUCCUGAUGGCUGCCACACAGUCCUUCUACCCGGAGGUGGCAUAUGCUCAAGUGGUCUACGGAGCCUCCAUAGUGUCCUUCCUCGGAGGAGCCCGCUGGGGGUUUGCCAUCCCAGCCGGUAGUCCUGCUAAGCCUGACUGGAUGAACCUGGGCAACAGUGUGGUGCCUUCACUCCUGGCCUGGAUGGCGCUGCUCUGCAGGGACAAUAUAGCAGAGGGAGCCCUGGUGGUUAUUAUGGGAUUGGGCCUGUCUCUGCACUAUGACCUGACCCUGCUGCCGGGCUACCCCUCCUGGUUCAAAGCCAUGCGGACUAUACUCACUCUGAUCGCCACUUUCUCGCUGGUGGCUACCCUGACAAUUAAGAAAUUCUGCACUGAGAAGAAACUCAAAGAGAGUAAGACAUGACUCCAAAGGGACUGUGUGUACUUUUAAAGCCACAUGGCCUCAAUAAAAGCUGUGCAUAAUUUGAAUGACACUCUGAUUUGUGUAUACUGGACACACCAUGCACAAGAGUAAUUAUGUAACUGAGUAAUAGUUUUUUCUCUUUUAUGCCAAAUUUGAGAGUAAAAUAUCAUUUAGAAAACAAAUAAGUUGCUAUUUGCAGGUGUAGAACAAGAAAGACUUUGAAAUAAAACUUUUUCAGAAAA